GAAACCAAAGAGGCGCGGUGAUCAGUUACAAAACAAACGUUGCCUUGCCGUUCGGGACCUGGCAACCUAGAACUUGGAAGGUGUGGACAAUGGGUGACAGAGCACGCUCAGAGUUUAAGGCUGAGGAGAGGAGAGGGCCUUCAGACCGAGCACCAGACCCGCUAGGUGGCUGAGCGCUCCUGUCUGCCCUGCCCGGGGGCCGGCCGUGGACAAGCAAGGACGCUGUGCUAGAGACGAACAGCCUGAGCCUCUGCGCGGCUGACCCAGCAGCUGGGCACCCUCCUGCCCAGACUUCCGUCGAGGUGGAGACUGCGUCACUGGACAGUGGAGACCCCCAGUAAGCAGCCUCCAUGGUCCUGCCUCCGUGCAGCUACAACCGCCAACUGGCAGGCUUCACCACAGCCACCGUAGGAUGGAUCCUCGUCACCACGUCCAUGGGCCUCGUGGAGUGGCGAGUGUGGCACACGGAGAACUCCCCUCUCUUUCCCUCCAGCGUGGUCUGUGUGGGAAUGUGGAAGAUGUGCAUCUACCAGCAUGUCAGCAACACCAACAGAGUCGCGCUGUGUCAACCUUAUACCUACCGUGAUACCUACCUCCCUUUGGAUAUCCGCAUUUCUCAAAAUCUCCUGCUGGUCGCCAGCAUCCUAGGUCUGUUGGGGAGAGCCUCUGUCAUCUUUGCACUUAGAAAUCUGUACAUCGGAACCCUUCAGAAGAACGCCGCCUUCGGUCCAUUCGUGGCCUCGGGAAUUCUGAACAUAGCUGCUGGAGUGUGCGUCUCGAUCACUGUGGUCUGGAAUUACCAGUCUGUGGGGAGGGAAGAGGGUAUUGCCUUCCCGCCGUCUCUCUCUAUACCCUUCAAGCCUGAGACCCAGGAGCUCGGCGGUGCCGUUUUGGUGGCAUGCCUGGGUGGCAUCAUGAUGCUCUUGAGUGGGUUAGUUUUCAUCUCUUACAAACACCCCAUAUUUCACCAAGUGCAUCCUCGAACUUCAGGAAUAUAAGGGCCUGGUUGCAUUGGCUUUCCAAAUUCAAGAUUGCCGAGCAUGUGUGAGAAGUUUUAGCAGGAUGCGCUAGCAAAUAUUUCCAAGGAUUCUAGACCAUGCCAAAGGUAGUCGCGGGCAGAGAGUAGCUAACUAUUUCCUUCUGUUAUUUCCUAUGUCUUUGGUUCAUUGUAAGAAAAUUUCAUUUCAAACCAUCUUCCCCACCUGCCGGCUGGUCUUAUUGAACCUGAACUUCAUUUAUUGUUGAAUAAAUAAUC